AUUCAGGCACAUGAGAACACGUUCGGGGUCCUUCGGCUGGAAUGACGUCACCCAGCCUCGCGGAUGCUGUGUGUCGAAAACGUGGGUUGUUUUCCAGGGUGUUUAGGAUCUUAAUCAUAGUAACUCCAAUCAUUUUGUUGCACUCUGAAUUGUCAGACUGACAAGAAUGGAGUACAUGCGGGCUCCUGCAACAAGCAGCCAAGGGAAUAUCUUGUGCUGUACUUGUGGCAUCCCAAUCCCUCCCAACCCAGCGAACAUGUGUGUGGACUGUCUGCGUACUCAGGUUGACAUUUCAGAAGGAAUCCCCAAGCAAGUUUCAGUGCAUUUCUGCAAACAGUGUGAAAGGUACUUACAGCCUCCAGCUACCUGGGUGCAGUGUGCUCUGGAGUCCAGGGAACUUUUAGCCCUUUGUCUGAAAAAACUUAAAGGGUCUAUGACGAAAGUGCGUCUUAUUGAUGCUGGCUUUCUGUGGACAGAACCACACUCAAAGAGGAUUAAGAUGAAACUGACCAUCCAGAAAGAGGUGAUGAAUGGCGCUAUCCUACAGCAGGUGUUUGUAGUUGAGUUUGUUGUGCAGUCUCAGAUGUGUGACGACUGCCACCGUGUAGAAGCCAAGGACUUCUGGAAGGCCGUGGUUCAAGUUAGGCAGAAGACUCAACACAAAAAGACCUUCUACUAUCUAGAACAGUUGCUUCUCAAGCACAAGCUUCACCAGAAUGCCCUAAACAUCAAGGAGAUCCACGAGGGGAUUGAUUUUUAUUAUGGCUCCAAGCAGCAUGCCCAGAAAAUGGUCGACUUCCUCCAAUGCACCAUACCCUGCAGGUCAAAAACAUCCCAGCGCCUCAUCUCUCAUGACAUCCAUUCAAAUACUUACAACUAUAAGAGCACCUUCUCUGUGGAAAUUGUACCUGUCUGCAAGGACAACGUCGUGUGUCUUUCACCACGGCUGGCACAGAGCCUGGGGAACAUGGGUCAAAUCUGUGUAUGCGUCCGUGUCACCAGCACGAUCCAUCUCAUUGAUCCCAACACACUGCAGAUUGCUGAGGUGGAUGGGAACACAUACUGGCGCAACCCAUUCAGCAGUCUCUGUAACCCACGGCAACUGGAGGAGUUCAUUGUUAUGGACAUCGACAUCAUCAGAGACCUGAAGCUUGGUGCUGGAGCUGGCAUGAGGUCCAAUAAGCACACCCUGGCUGAAGUGUGGGUUCAAAAGACGUCAGAGAUGGAUACCAGUCAGCAGUACCACUGCCGUACAUUCCUGGGCCACCUGCUUAACAUCGGAGACCUGGUGCUGGGGUUUGACUUUGCCAAUUCCAACAUUAACGAUGAGUUCCUGAAUAAAAUGAACCCCCAUUACGUCCCUGAUGUGGUGAUAAUUAAGAAGAGCUAUGACCGCAGCAGGAGGAUGAGGCGCAGGAACUGGAAACUGCAGGAAAUGGCCAGAGAUCGGGAUGGCAUGGAUACAGAUGACGAGAGACAAUACCAGGACUUCCUGGAGGAUCUGGAGGAGGAUGAGGCUCUGAGGAAGAACAUAAACAUCUACAAAGAUGUUUCCAAGGUUGCAGUGGAAAGUGACACUGAUGAUGAUGGAGCACCACGUAUCUCGCUGGUGGAGAUGCUGGAGGAACUCAGUCUGAAUGAUGCCACAGGAGGAGAAGGGGCUGACAUGAUGACAGACUAGUCUGUUUACAGCCUGUGCGACACUGGCCACUGAUGAUUCAAUAUAAUUACAUUCACAGCCUGAGUUUACACUGGGGGAACAUGGACGACUAACUCGACAAAUAACCAGUAGCGUUUCAUGUGGAAGAAGUCCACAGUUUUCACAUCUGUGGUCACCUGUUACAGGAAAAACCUGUAAAAUCAAGGUUAAUGCAGUGCCGCUUCUAAUAGGUAUGUAAUGAUUACAUUAACGGUAAUCCUAAUGAAAUGAGUUGUUCUGUCAACUCUCUGUGUCUGGAUUACUUUGAUCUUGAGAUAUUCCAGGGAUAAUCUUCUUUGUAUCUUCAUCAAGAAUUUUGAAGUGAAUUCAAAAUAGAGUGCUUUCAGUAUACUUUCCAAAUAAAUAUUCAUUAUUAUGCACA